GGAGGUGGAGAGGGGAGCUAUAUAAAAGCUCAGCGGCAGACAGUGGAGGUGUGCUAACCGAAAAGAAGCUCACAUGUCGGGGGAAAACAAGCGCCGAGCUCCGCUUCUUUAGGUUCCGGAGGGGCGCGCGGAACUCGCUGCUGCCUCGUUAACGAUCAACUUCAUCCCAGAAGACACAUUUUUGACGUAUUUAGAGAGAAACUGGGGCUUUUUGACUACCAACUUCUGCCAAAUUAAGAAAAUAAAAGCAUGAUGGAAAACUGGAGCAGAUGGAGCACGGUUGGAUGUAAAUGGCUGAGAAACUCGCUGCUGCUAUGUUUAUUAUCUGGUGGUACGGAGGCCCACUGUGAAGGUUGUACAGAGUACUGCUGUGAUGGAUCACCACCUUUCUGCUGCUCCUACUACGCCUAUGUGGGGGAUGUCCUCUCGGGCACUGCUAUCUCCGGUAUCGUGUUCGGCGUGGUGUUUCUGAUGGGAGCGGUGGCGGCCUUGUUCCUGUGCAUGUGUGUGUGCUUGAAGAACAGGCGUGGCACUCGGGUCGGAGUGUUCCGGACCUCCUACAUCAACACGGUGACCCAGGGCUAUCCAGAUUCUCCUCCGCCAUACAGUUACAGUUACGAGAUGUACCCCCAGCCUGUGCACCCCCCACCCUACACCCCAGAUAUUCCUCCGGAGCGUAGCUACUCCCCACCUCCACCUUACCCAGGACACACCCUCAAGUGAAUCCCAAUCCUUUGGAUUUGGACCUGGAGGCGGCUUCGCAUCCAACAUUGUUUUAAUCCUUUUAGAAAACUUGAAUAACAGAUGUUGAAAAGAGGCUUGAAGUAUGAGCAGCAAUGAUGGGAAAUAAUGAUCCAAGGAAAAUGUGGGUCAAGAAGGAGGCUGCUGCUGCUCAGUAAUAAUGAAAAUGACUCCAAACCAGCUGUGCCUGGCUUUGAUGAAGGUGAAGACCACACCACCAAGGAAGGGGAGCCUGUCACCACCACUGGAGUCACUCUGAGCAGAUGACAGACUUUUCUGUUUCACAUGCUGAUUUUAAACGUGACGUUUAAACGACUGGAGUGGUUUUUAAAUGAGAAACUUGAUGUGCAAGGCCUGGAUGUGUGCUGUGCAGUCACACAUAAUCUGAAAUGAUUUAACUGUGAAUGUUUUUUUUACUUGUUUAUGACUGUUGUGAAUCAAAGAUGAUUUUUUAAAUAAACACUGGUUACAGUUU